AUGACAAAAGCUGGAACAGGAGAUCAAUCAGCUUCUUCAGAUGAUUUACUGAUAGAUCCACUGAAGGCCAAGUUCAAUACUCCAAGAUUAGUGUCUAGGUUAAGCAAUGGAAAUAUUCUGAUUGGAGACACUCUCAACUAUCGAAUUCAGAUGAUUUCGAAUACUGAAAAUGGCGAGAAAUUACGAACCAUAGUCAAUAUAGCAGACUCAUAUGGAAGUUCAGUAAUUACAGACAUGGUUGUCACCGAGCAAAAUACAAUUCUCGUCUCCACUAUGGAUGCAAUUUACAACCUGGUGCCCCUUUGUGAUAUGGGUUAUCAACUUGUGAAUAACAAUACUGAAUGCCUUCCUAUUUGUUUUGGAUCUCUUGGGCAAUUUUCCUGUUCAGGCAGAGGCAAAUGUGUAGAGCCAGAUAAUUGCUCAUGCCUUCAGGGACUCUACACAGGAAGUCAAUGUGAAAUUCCAAUAUGUUAUGGAAUUGCUGCAAAUGAAUCAAGCGUUUGUUCUUAUAUGAAUGGUACUUGUGGAAUCAAUAAUCAGUGUACAUGCAAGGAUGGAUUUUAUGGCAACAUGUGUGAGAAUCCAAUUUGCUUCUCACAAAUAGUUGGAGAAUCAUGCGGAGGUAGUCUCAGAGGAACUUGUAUUCAUAAGGAUAGAUGCUCAUGCAAUCAACAUUUUACUGGAGAGCGUUGUGAAUUAAGAAUUUGUUCAGGAAAAAGUGAGAAUGACACUGAAAGACUGGGAGAAGGUGGAAUAGGAAGCGUAUUCAUGUCAAAAUAUAAUGGAAUGAUCGUGGCAGUUAAAGUAUUUGAUUUAAAUAACUUGAACAUUUCGGAAGAAGAUUUCAAAAAUGAGGCUAUUCUAUUAAGCAAACUUCGUCAUCCUAAUAUUAUCAAUUUUUACGGAGUUUCUACAUCACCAACGAAACGUUACAUAAUUAUGGAAUGUUUGGAUCAGAGUAUGGAGAAGGUGAUUGCCAAAUUAGAGUUUAAACAAUUAACUCUCUCAUUGGAUCAAAAAUUGAAAAUGAUUCUUAAUAUUGCUAAUGGAAUUGAAUAUUUACACAGCUUGAAACCAAGAAAAAUCAUCCAUCGUGAUCUAAAACCACAAAAUAUUCUAUUGGAUUCGAAUGGAAAUUGUAAAUUGUGUGAUUUUGGAUUGAGCAAAUCCAUUUCACAAGCAACUGUUUCUGCACUUACUAAUCAGUUGGGUACACAUUUCUACAUGAGUCCAGAAAUGUUUGAUAUUAAUGCUGUUGAUCCUACCUAUGCUACUGCAGUUGAUAUUUACAGUUUCUCAAUAAUCAUGUGGCAAUUAUUAUUCGAAAUCAAAGAUCCCUACCUCUUUAAAUCGUCAGAAUUAUUCCACAAAUUGAAAACGAAAUCACUUGAACAAGUCUCAUCCUAUCAGCUUACCAAAAUGAUUUGUGAAAAUAAUUAUAGACCUUCUAUUCCAUUCCAAUCUAUCAACGAAUGUACAGAUUGGUGUACCGAAUUUAUGAAGUCAGAACUAGGAAAUACUUCAACAAUUUUCAAAUUGGGCCAAUUGAUUAAAGAGUGUUGGCAAGCAGAUCCAAAACUCAGACCAAGUAUUGAACAAGUUGUAGAUCAAUUACAAUCACUAGAGAAUGAGCUUGUAUAA